GACGCGGGGUGUUUGUCGCGCUGGAGUCCUCGUUGCCAUAGAAGAUGUUAGGCGCGUUAUCUGUACAGAGGAGUGAAUUUAACCUUAUCUUCCACUCAACUUUACUAUCUUCUGUCCCAGACAACAGAAAAGGGCGAGCAGUCAUAGAAGAUGGCCUGAGUAACACAGGUUGUGCUGUUGUAUAUACAUGAACUGUAUUCUUUUCCAUCUGGAAGCUGCGUCAACAAGGAUGAACCGCUAUACCACUUUAAAGCAGCUGGGGGAUGGCACCUAUGGCAGUGUGCUUUUGGGGAGAAGCAAUGAAUCCGGGGAGCUGGUGGCCAUUAAGAGAAUGAAGAGGAAGUUCUACUCCUGGGAGGAGUGUAUGAAUCUGAGAGAAGUAAAGUCACUAAAGAAACUGAAUCAUGCCAACGUGGUGAAACUAAAGGAAGUAAUCAGAGAAAAUGACCAGUUGUACUUCGUCUUUGAGUACAUGAAAGAGAAUCUCUACCAGCUGAUGAAAGACAGAAACAAAUUGUUCCCUGAGUCAGUCAUCAGGAACAUAACCUUUCAGAUAUUGCAGGGGCUUUCAUUCAUUCAUAAGCAUGGAUUUUUCCAUCGGGAUAUAAAGCCAGAGAAUCUGUUGUGUAUGGGUCCUGAACUGGUGAAAAUAGCAGACUUUGGUCUGGCCAGAGAGAUCCGUUCCCGCCCUCCAUAUACAGACUAUGUCUCCACACGAUGGUAUCGAGCUCCAGAGGUGCUUUUGAGAUCGUCUGUGUACAGCUCUCCUAUAGACAUGUGGGCAGUGGGCUGCAUUAUGGCAGAACUCUACACUUUACGACCUCUUUUCCCUGGCAACAGUGAGGUUGAUGAGAUCUUCAAGAUUUGCCAGGUUCUUGGCACAGUAAAGAAGACGGACUGGUUGGAGGGUCAUCAGCUUGCUGCAGCGAUGAAUUUCCGCUUUCCUCAGUGUGUUCCUACACCUCUAAAAACCCUCAUCCCCAAUGCCAGUAAUGAGGCUCUCACCCUAAUGAAGGAUUUGCUGCAUUGGGAGCCAAAAAAGAGGCCAACUGCUGUGCAGGCACUCAGGUACCCCUAUUUUCAAGUGGGCCAGGUGUUGGGACAACGGCCUCAAACACCUGACCUCCGUAACACACAGGUGAAAACAGCUAAACCCAACGAGAUCAAAUCUGAGCUGCAGUCAGCUUCUGAGCCAGUCCUGCACUCUCAGACCAAGGACAAGGGCAGGAAUUCCCAUCAGACCCUCCAGUUGAUCUCCCUGCCUCAGGGCCCCAUUCGUACAGACCACGAAGCUGAUCCCCUUGCACUCAAUACAAAAAAGAGGCCUAUGGGAAAUGAAAACAGCAUGAUGCGACUGAAAAGUGGGCGGAGACGCUGGGGACAGACUAAACACUCUGACAGCUGGGAUGAGUCAUACCCCUCAGACACAGCUGCAUUCAACUCCAAAAAACCCAACAUUGCAGUGGAAGAGAACAAACCCAUUAAUAGGUCAAAAGAUCAAAAACCUAUUUACACUUUUACCAACGUUACAAAGCUACCAAGUAGCAUUAAAUCAAACUCCAGUCUGCAAAGCACCUGUUCAGCCCGGCAGCAUUACCUAAGGCAAUCAAGAUACCUGCCUGGUUUGAUAAGUAAAAGCUCCUCGUCAACUGUGGAAAAGAAGCCCCAGAUAGAACUGUGGGACAACUGGUCAACACAUACGAAGAAACCGCUUGCUCCCAUUAGUGGAGCCCUAGUUACCCGAGUCUCUCACACUGAUGCAGAGGAUAGCAGCAUUACUGUUCCAUAUAAGCCUAGAGAAAGGAUACAAGAAAAACUUGAACAGCCUAAAGGAAACUUUAUUAGCACUACGUACAACCUCUCUGGAGGUUAUAGUUCAUCUUUCCAGAAGAAGGAAAUUGGGUCAGUUGGCCAGAGGAUACAGCUUACACCAACUGGAAAACAGCAAGCACUUGAUCUGUCCACCACUGCUGAUUCUAAAACUGGCAAAACAAAAUAUAUAAAGAUCAAAUGUGCUGCUUCCACUUCAUUAAAUAUGAGUACUGAAGAUCCUGAUGAGUGGAAAAAAAGAUCUCAUGUAAAAGGGACAAGCUACUCAGUUCUGGGGAAAAAUUCUGGCAAUAUCCUUUCUCGUGCAGCUCCUGUGCAACCUGUCCAUGGUCGAGUAGACUGGGCGGAGAAGUAUGGAAGCCAUCGGUAGCACAUCUACAAAUCUUUAUGGCCUCAGCUUGUGCUAACCAUAAUAUUGUCAUCUUCUCUAGCAGAUAAUUUUUUAAUGUCUCAAAGUCCACAGUACAAAUAGUUGUUUUUUUCUGAAUAAAAUGUAACUGUGAAUUUUGUAAAUGAUAUUCACCGUAGACCUGGAUUUUUUUCUUUUGUUUUCUUUAUUGACUAUGUAAAAAAAUAUUUAUUGUAUUUUAGAAUCAAGCUGUUCAUUCUAAACCAGUUCAUGUCUUUGUAAUUACAAACACACAGAGGUCAUGCUUUUGUGAUGUGCCUUGAAAAUUUGGUAUAUUCAUUAUUAAUUUUUCAGUGUAGAUUUCAGAACAUACACUGAUCACCCAUAACAUUAAAGCCACUUGCUUAAUAUUGUGUAGGUCCACCUUGUGCCACCAAAACAACUAUGACCCAUUGGGUCAUGGACUCUUCAAAACCUCUGAGGGUGUGCUGUGAUAUCUGGCUCCAAGACAUUAGCAACAGAUCCUUUAAGUCCUGCAAGUUGCAGAGUGACUCCAUGGAUCUGACUUGUUUGUCCAGGACAUCUCAAAGGUUCUUAAUUAUAUUGAGAUGUGGAGAAUUUGGAGGCAAAGUCAACACCUCUGUUAUGUUCCAAUUACAAUUUUUGCAUUAAGGAAGGAUUAUUCUGCUGAAAGAGGCUACUACUAUUAGGGAAUAACAUUGCCAUGAAGAGGUACUUGAGCUACAACAUUGUUUAGGUAUGUGGAUGAAAGCCAGGACCCAAAGUACCCCAGCAUAACAUUGCUUCUGCUGGUUUGCCAUCUUCCCAUAAUGCUUUCUGGUGCCAUUUCAUCCACAGGUAAACAAUGCACUUGGCCAUCUGCAUGAUGUAAAAGAAAACAUGAUUCCUCAGACCAGGCUACCUUCUUCAUUGAUCCAUGGUCCAGUUGACCAGCAUGGACCAUGUCUGACUGGUCUGCAACUACAUGGCUCCAUACACAACAAGCUUUGAUGCACUGUGUAUUCUGACACCUUUCUAUCAGCAUGAACUUUUUCAGCAAUUCAUACUACAGUGGCUCUUCUGUGGGAUCGGACCAGGCAGGAUAGUCUUCACUACUCAUGUGCAUCAGUGAGCCUUGGGUGCCCAUGACCCUGUACUAAUCACUGCAUACCAGUAACACGCCACAAGACCUACCAGUUUGGAGAUGCUCUGACCCAGUCAUCUAGCCAUAACAAAUUGGCCCUUGUCAAAGAUCCUUAUCUUUGCCCUGCUUCCAACACAUCAGUUUGGAGAACUGACUGAACUUAAUGUUAUUCAGUUCACCUCGCAGUAGUUUUAAUGUCAUGUCUGAUUGGUCGAUGAAUUCACUAUUUGAAGUGGCAGGUGUAACCUCAUUGAAAAAAAAAUUCCCUUUCCUGGAACAGUGCAGUUGUUGUUUUUUCUUUGAGUAUGAUUACUAAGGGCUUUUAAAAAUGUUAAAAUAUUACAACACCCAUCUUUAAUGCCACUGGAAUGCUAUUGAACCAACAUGGAUUUGACCACAUUAUCCAAAUAACAACUUGGUUUCCUCUGCUGCCAUUUGGGAACAACAUUUGAUUUUUCAUAUGAGAAUAUAUUCUAGAAAAUCAAGAAUAAUCUGUUUUUAGCUUGAAACCAACACUAACAGUUUUGUAAGUAUUUUAAAACACUGAUUCAUGUGGUUUGAAUGAAAAAAAG